AGACUUUGUCCGCUAAGCUUUUGCAACAGAUCGCCGCUUCUAAAAAUUGCCCCUACUCCCGAGCCUCCGACAGCUCCGAUCCCAUCCCCCCCAAAACCAAACCCCCAAAUCAACCCUCUCCGUUCCUUCAUCUACGCCCACACCGCGCAUCAUCGAGAAACCCACCGCCCACCACCACCAAAAAAAAAAGUUACAUCCCGCCCCCCCGCGCCUGUCCUCCCCGGCAAAAAUCAAUUAAAGAAGAAAGAGAAGAGAGAAAGGAAGAGAAGAGAAAAGGGAUAUGGCCUCUCACCCUCAAAACGGGGACAACUUGAAGGACGAUCAGCAGAACAACAGCACGCCGAUCACUCCCGUGGCCGCACCCGUUCUGUUCCCACCUUCAUCUUCACAUUCGAUACUGGAGAACGUCCACGCGGCGCCCAUUCCCGCCCCCAACCCGUCGGCCGCACACUCGCUGCAGCCCCGCUGCGUAUACCUCAAAGACCAUGUGACGCAGGCGACAAUAUACCCCGUCGCGUCGGCGGCGCAGCUGGCCACCGGAAUUCUCCAAGUGCUACAGGAUGAGUUCAAUAGCGAGAUCCGAAAGGGUGAUACCUACCCCAUGGAAGAGGAGAUGGGCUUUGAUAAGUUCGUAAGCUAUUGGUUCGGCACGUUUGCUGCGGUGAUGCUUCAGGGCAAACCGGAGGAGCAUGGAGACCUGACCGACGAGAGGGAUUGGUCGCAGUUCGUCUUGGGAACGUUCUAUAUAAAACCAAAUUACCCUGGUCGGAGUUCGCACAUCUGUAAUGGAGGAUUCCUGACAUCUGCUGCCUCCCGAGGCAAAGGAUGCGGCAGGCUGUUGGGAGAAUCAUAUUUGGAGUAUGCUCCAAAACUUGGGUUUACAUACUCUGUCUUCAACCUCGUCUACGAAAGCAACGCCAUAUCGUGUAAGAUAUGGGACUCCCUAGGCUUCAAAAGAAUUGGAGUCGUCCGGGGCGCUGGCCGUCUCCAGUCGUGCCCGCUCAUCCUCGUUGACGCCAUCAUCUACGGUCGAGACUUGAAAGACGACGACGACUAUGUGUCGGAGGAGCGUUUCGACAAGAUCCGCUUCUACCUUGAGAAGGGAAAAUACCCACCUUCCGCCGACCGAUCCGAGAAAUCUCGCCUCCGAUCAGCUGCUACGCAUUACCGCAUCACGGAUGGAAAGCUCAUGCUGAAGGAUAAAGAAGUCGUGUCGGAUAGUCAACUGCAGUACGAGAUUGCCAGGAACGUGCAUGCACAGUCUCACGGAGGGAUCAAUAAGACUACUGCAAAUAUCGCCGAGAAAUAUCACUGGGUCCGCAUUAAGGAGACCGUUUCUCAGGUCAUCCGCAAUUGCCCAGAAUGCAAGGAGCACCCUAAGCCACCAGUUGUCAGAACAGAGAACCGGACGCCGCCGAAGCGUGCUUCGCCGUCGAAACAGGUCCCGGUUCCGGUCCAGCAACAGCAACAGCAGCAGCAACAGCAACAGCAACAGCAGCAACAGCAACAUCAACAACCGCAUCAACAGCAGCAUCAACAGCAGCAUCAACAGCAGCAGCAGCAGCAUCAACAGCAGCAUCAACAGCAGCAUCAACAGCACCAACAUCAUCAGCAGCAGCAACAGCACCACCAGCAACAGCAACAUCACCAGCAACAGCAACAGCAUCAACAACAUCAGCAUCAACACCAACACCAACAAGUCCAAGCCCAAGUACAACAGCAAGUGCAACAACUCCUGCUCGAGCGACAGGCGCUGCAAAUGCAACAACAACAAGCGCAACAAAUGGCGCUCCAAGUACCCACAUCCGUCUCGGUAUCUAUGGUCCCACAAUCCACGCCCCUGAUGCCACUUGACGUCACCCGCGCCGGCGCACUAGUAGGGAUGGAUAUUCCUGUGGAUCCUCAGAUGAUGGAAGGCGUUGAGCACGCUGCCGCACAUGCACAGUUCGUUCAACACAUGCAAGUUUAUACCGCGCCGGUGGCCUCCAUGCAUCCCGCCGCCCACCACAUGGCCGUCGCGGCGGCGGCGGCAGCAGAUCAUGCCAGCCGAUUGCAGCAGCAGCAACAUGCCGUUGAGGCUGCACGGGCGGCGUUGAGUGCGGGUGGAGAGGUGCUCACAGAUGAGGAUCGGAUGAGUAAGGAUCGGCAUUUACUCGAGACUUUGACGGCGGAGUUGAAAAGGGAAGGGGGAAACUAUGUCGACGAUGAGGUCUAGAUGGUUUCAGAUAGUGUAUGCAGUGUCUGUGUUGGUAGUGACAAUGUCUCUAUGCGUUUUGGUGGUUUUGCGUUGUGAUUUCGUCGAUUCUCAGGCAUCCAUGGGUGUUUUUUUGGGUGUCUUACUGUUAAUUUCUCUAUUUAGCGAACUGCUCGUUGGAUACU